AGAUCCAGAUCGCCGGAACGAGAGAGGACAAAACACCACGAUGGUGCAUCGAAACAUCUCAGACGACAUCAUCUUGACACCAGCGAACGUGAGCGCGACUCGAAACGCAACCGUUCCUCCUCCUCCACGCGCUAUCAUGCCCACCAACACCACCACCGCCGACGACGCCGUUCCUCGUCUCAUACGCAUGGUACUUUUUAUGCGGACCAGCUGCCUUAUUCGUCUCGUCCACUGGCCAAGUCCGAUUUCGAGAUAUUCAGGUCGCUGUUUGCGACAUACCUCGAAGUGCAGAAGAACAAGUACAUAGGUGAUAUGGACGAGCGUGAGGUUAGGGGGAGAUGGAAGAGCUUUGUCAACAAGUGGAACGAGGGGUCGCUGGCGGAGGGUUGGUACAACCCCGAAAUGUUUAUCAAGGUUUCGAGCAAUGAUAUGGAGGAAUUGGACGAGCUCAGGGGAGUGAGUACGCCGCCUUUAAGUGGCAACAAGCUGAACGGCAACGGCAACGGCAGCACGGUUCUAAACGAGGAAGACGGGGACAACGGAAACGAUGACGACGACGGCUAUGGACCGACGCUGCCAAUCUCACAAGGGCUGUCUCGGUUCUCUGGGGCGGCGAGACAAGGACCCGGCAUACCCAGUCUACAAGAUCUAGAACUUCGGCGCGAGAUGAUGGACGAAGACCGACUCGAGCAAGUAGCUCAAUUGCGUCUCGAGCGCAAAGUAGACCGAAUACAGCAAAAGGCGCGCCUCGAGGAGCUCGUCCCUCGCGCCGAGCCGGGAACCCGGGAGAGGCAGCUGGAGAAGAAGAAGGAACUCAACGAGAAAAUGAAGGGGUUCCGCGAGGGGUCGCCAGGGGCCGCAGAGGUCAAUGACGCUGAGCUUCUAGGCGGCGGUGACAGCGUGGCGGAGCUCAAGCGCCUGAAGGCGGCUUCAGAGCGGAAGAAGACGGAGAGGGAGCUGCGCAGGGAGGAGAUUCAACGGGCGAGGAUCGAGGAGAUCGAGGAGAGAAGAAGAGAAUAUCGCGAGAAGGAGGAUAGCACCAUGGCCGUAUUCAAGGAACUCGCGAGGCAGAGGUUUGGGUAG